GGUCAGAUCCAUUCGACAACCAUUUGUUUACGUUUUAUUCUGAAGCAGUGCGUUGCGGUGUGUGGAAUGCAUUGGAACAUUUUGCUCUUUAUGGAAAAGUGGUUGGCUCUUAAAAGAGCCGUUGUGGUGAAUCUACUGCAGAUUUGCAGCGUUUUCUCGGCGGAAGUUGAGAUAGAGCGUCUCAUUUCCCCUCUCGUUGACAUGGCAACCGUCGGCGUUGUCGGAGGAAGACGCCAAGGACUCGGUUAAUUCUUUUCCUCGCAUUGCCAUCGUUAUGGCGAUAGUUGCACUUGCAGCUUAUUUAUACAGUGAGCAUGCAAUGCCAUUGGUUAGUUUUCCCUCAGUUCGUCCACGUAAACAUGGUUUGGUUUAAUUCGCCCAAUUUCAAAUUACAUUCAUUCCGCCAAUAGCUGAUCGAUUGAUAGGUGAGUGAGGCAGGAUUGGUCAAUUUAAAAAAUAUUGACCCGCCCAACUUUCACAUUACAUUCAAUCAGACGAUCGCUGAUAGGUUGUUUGUUUGGUGACUUAUGAUUGGUCAUUUAUCCAAAGGCGGAGCCUGACAGAAAACUUUUCGAGAGAACGCUUUUUGCAUUGCCUCAGACAAAGACAAAGACAAAGGACCUAAAUUCGACGGAAACUGCAGUUUGCCAUUGUGUUGGACUUUAUCUGCUGACAUAGAGAUGCCACGAAAGAAGGGUUUCCGUAUGCGACGCACACCCAGGGCUGCCCAAGCUGUUGAUUGUGCAGUUGCAACAAAAGGUAGGGACGAAGUAUCUUCACUGUCACCAGUGGAGGUACCAACAGGUGGGUUACAAAAGGUGGUCAAAGGGUCAUUUCAUCAAGGCAAUACAAGGUUUAAGUAUGCAGGAACACAGUGUAUGGCGAUUGCCUUUUGUGCCACUGCUUUACACAGUAUUAAAAAUGUCUUGUUGUGGGAUACUGCUGAUCUUGACAUGGCUGUUGUUGAAGGCGAUCAGUUGUAUACCACUCUAAGGGAACGUCACGUAAUUUGUCACCAAUCCCACUUUUUGUGUGCCACAGAAUUGCCUAAACAGGAGGUGAUUGCUGGACACAAAUUUGAGUUUUGUGUGAAGGAUGAUUAUGCUUUAGGUGAUGUCAAUGUAGUUUCCAGCUAUUAUAUUGAAAACGGGAUUCAUGUCACUUUGCAUGAUGCUUUGCACACAAUGUUUGGCAAGUACAGCACAUGCAUUCUUACAGUUUGCCAAAGUAGUUGUGUCAUCAUUUGUGUUGCUGGUCAGUAUUGUCUGGUGGAUUCGCACUCGCGCAGCUGUAAUGGCAUGGUGUGCAGUGAUGGAACCAGUGUUGUUCUGUGUUUUGGUGGUCUUGGUGCCCUUGCUAAUCACAUUAGCAAUUUGGCUGCAGGGUUUGGAGGAGCAGAGAAACUUUUUGAAAUAGCUGGUGUUGUUGUGACUGUUGUGGCUGACAGGAAACGUCACUUGGAGAUGACGACUGGUGAUGAUGGCAAAAAGUUUAAAAUGGCUGACAUUUCUAGUACAUGUGCAUCUGAUGUUGAGGUCAUCAGUGUUGUUACCACACAGCAUGCCUUUUGUCCAAUUCUUCAAAAUGACUCCAAAGAUGUGUGCCAACUUUUGAAUAUAGAUUGUGAAGUCAAAACUGUGCCUGUCAAUUUGCGUGUUGGACCCUUGGGAGCUCCCUGUAAAAAGGAGAGCAUUGUUGCUGAUGGCAACUGUUUUUUCCGUGCCAUAUCACAAGCGGUGAGUGGCACACAGAAAAAUCACAGAAAAAUUAGACUCCAUGUGGUUAAACAUAUGGAAAACCACUGUGAAGAUUAUGAGAAGCUUCUCAGGAGUGAGGACAGUUGUUUGACAGAGUAUAUUAGUGUUUCCAAAAUGAAAUAUGUCAAUAGCUGGGCAACUGAGGUGGAAAUUCAGGCUGCAGCGGAUAGUUUAGGAAUAAAUAUCUUUACUUUUUACGGUGGUCGUUGGACAACUCGAGUGGUAAUCACUACGAGUGUGUGACAUGUGUCAAUGAGGGUCAGUUAGGAAGUUGCUUUGGCAUUUGUCAGAAUGGUACAUCUCAGGUCAGUCAGUAUGGUACCAGGUCACAUCGGCAUCAAGUAAAUUGCGCUGAUAGUGAAGUAGCAGUUGGUUUGAAUGAUGUUGUUGAAACAGGCAAAGAAAAACAUCAGUCCAUGGUUCCACGUGUAAGCCCGUCCAAAUAUCUAAAAAGGAAAAGGGCCCUGGACAACAGAUGUAAAUAUGUCGCUGACAUGAGCAUAAGGGAGACAAAGAAGGUAAUGACUAUGAAGAAUUACAGAGAACAAGCAGUCUUUAGGCAGAGAAAGAAGACGAGGAGUGUUAAAGUAUAGAAAUGAUGUCAUUCAUAAAAAUAGAGUUAAAACAUCUAGUAUCUAUAAGUAUAGGAAUGACAGCUUGCAUCGGGACAGGGUCAAGAUGUGUAGUGCGAGUAAGUAUAGAAGUGACAGCUUGCAUCAGGACAGGGUCAAGAUGUGUAGUGCGAGUAAGUAUAGAAGUGACAGCUUGCAUCGGGCCAGGGUCAUUAUGCAGGGCGUCAAAAAAUAUAAAAUGGAUACAAGGCACCGGGCCAGUGUCAAACUAGCCAGUAUGAAGAAAUAUCACAGUAAUUUAGAACGCAAAAUGCGUGUCAUUGCAGAUGUGAAGGCACGAAGGCAUGCUGCAAAGUUGCGAGAGGAAGAAUUUGAUGUUGUUGUUGAGAAUUUUUUAGAGAAAGUGAAGAAUGGGCCCCAGUUUGUCUGCUGUGUGUGCCAUAGGUUGAUGUUUAAACAUCAGGUCCUGCAGUGUCACAGAGAGCAUUACAGCAAAAGUGCAAGUGCUUCUCUUGUGAACACGUGCAUUAAUGAGGAUUAUUUGCACAAAUGUAGUGCAGAGUGCACGGUGCCUUGUUUGUUGUUGGAGUCUGGUAGAGGGCAGCUGUGGGUUUGCUACACUUGCCAUUACAAGAUUAGCAAAGGGGAAUUCCCACCUGAAUGUGUGGCAAAUAAUUUGGGGGUGGACCCGAUUCCUCCUGAGCUGGCUUGCUUAAACAGCUUAGAGCAACACUUAAUUGCACUAAAUAUCCCCUUCAUGAAAAUGCUUGCAUUGCCUAAAGGGGGGCAAAAUGGUGUCCAUGGGCCUGUGACUUGUGUUCCGGCCAAUGUUGUAGAAACGACAAAUUUGUUGCCACGGUCCAAUAUGGAAGGCUCUAUGCUCCGUGUCAAACUCAAAAGGAAGCUGACUUACAAAGGACACUACGAGUACCAUUUUGUUGACAGCAUGCACAUUCGUGAAGCCUUGAGGUAUCUGAAAGAGUCUAAUGUGCAUUAUGAAGAUAUAGAGUACAACGAGGAGUGGGUCAAUGACUUUUGUAGGGAACCUGAUGCCUCUCAGGUGGAGGACAGUGUUCCUGCAGUAGAUGUCACACCGCCUCUAGAUACAGAAGAUGAGCUUCUCCAUGAUAGACAGCAACACUGCAUGUUUCAGGACACAUGUUUAAUGCCAGUUGACAUUGGUCAGGAAGCGCUAGAUCAGUAUUACGACAAUAUAUUGAAUGUGGCUCCGGCAGAAGGCAAUAAUCCUGUGAGGUUGCUUUCUGACCAUUCGAAUGAAGCUAGAUGUUUCCCAGUGUUGUUUCCACAUGGUCGUUUCACGUUUCAUGACACUCGACAAUAUAGGCUGACAGCGUCUCGAUAUUUCAAUAAUCGUAUCAUGCAUGCUGAUAAGCGGUUUGGGCAGAAUGUGGAAUACAUAUUCUAUGCUCAGUACUUGUGUGAACUUGUGCAGGUGGUGUCGAGCAUUUCCAUUGCUUUACGCAAAGGAAUUGCUGGUUUGGUGGCAAAAAUGGCCAAGGAUUUGUUGACCAACGAUGAGUCGUUAAAGACAUUGUUGGAAUGUGACCAGGGCUAUCGUUUUCUGAAGCCCAUCAGAGGCACUCCAGCCUUUUGGCAGAGUACGCAGCGCGAUAUUUUGGCUUGUGUGCGUCAGCUUGGUGUUCCCACGUGGUUUUGUUCUUUUUCAUCUGCUGAUUUACGGUGGAAAAACUUGUUGGACUGCAUUUUGAGAGAAGAAGAACACAAACGGCUGCACAUUUGGAGUGGGCUGACAGGUGUGAUAUGUUGCGACGGAAUCCUGUGACUGCUGCACGGAUGUUUGAUUUCCGGUGGCAUGUCUUUCUAAGAGAGGUGAUAAUGUCUUCGAGCCAACCGAUUGGCAAAGUUGUAGACUAUUUUUACCGGGUGGAAUUUCAGCAGCGUGGUUCCCCGCAUGUACA